CAUUUAAAAAACAGAAUUUGUUUCCGCUUCCGUUUGUUUCUUUUGCGGGAAAUACAACUUGAAAACAAAACAAAGUGAUGUCUUCUCCCAUAAAAAAUGUCACAUUACACAAUACGGAAGGUGACUUUGUUGAAUCUCUGAAUCGUCUUCAAAAGGUUGACACUGUACCCAUUUUAACUGAAACUUUAGCCUUCCCUGAGAAGACAGGAGUGACACCUUCUUGUGUGUUGCUUGCGGAAAAAGUUGAACAUACAAAAGCUGAAAUCCACAUUGUUCAAAACUCGCCUUUAUCCAUUCUUCCAGAUUCUAAGGAAGUCCAUUAUGGAGUUGUAAAGGAAGAAUUAGAGAAAAGCCUUUCUGAAUUAAAUGAUACACUAACGUUCAUAAAUGCUGAAGCUCGUGAACUGGAGAAAGAAAUACACGAAGAGGAAAGCUGGAAUGAUCAAAUUAGUGAUGUAGUUCUUGAUUCACUCUCAAAAAGACUCAAUGAACAAAACUUUGAAACUAAUGAUGCAGAAGGUGCCAAAGAAAAGCUGAAAAGUGAAAUAGCUGAUAAAAUAACAAAAGCAAACAUGUACUUCAAGCAGCUAUUGAAGGAUUCCUCACAGUUUUGUGGCAAAUAUUUUAAAUUACCUUCUGAGGAAGAAUUUAAUGAUGUUCAGAAAAAGCUGCGCUCAGCUGAUAAAACAGUGACUGUAAGGAAUAUGCUCAGCUUGAAAGACAUUAUAUCAGAAUUGAUGAAUAAAUGUUUUGAUGAACCAAAUCAUCCAUAUAUUGUGCUGGACAAACGGUAUUGGCCCCCAUAUGUUGAGUUGUUGCUAAGAUGUCAGAUUGUUGUGCGUCAUACAGAUGAUCCUAGGAGGGUUAAGCUUAUUCCAUUUCAUUUGUAACAGAGCCAGUAUCAUGGUUCAAUGUAGGUACACUGUUGUACAUGUACAUGUAGAUGUAUUUAUUUGACAAUAUUAUGCAAAAUGUACAAAAAUGAACAAGUGUACAAAUGUGCUUUAUUUGCUUUUACCAGAAUUGUAGACAUUGAUAACCAUGUGGAAUAAUUUUGAAAUUAUACAUGUAUAAAAUGUAAAACAUUUAAUAUGUAAUUGUGAUUGAAAUGA